UAAUUUUACGUUUAAACGGUUGUAUUUAAAGGCGUAUGAAAAUAACAGAUACCACCAAAAAUUUUCUAAAAAAUGUCUGAAUCAACGAAUGAAAACACAUCAAAACUCAACGAAAUAUCUGACAAUAUUCCCUCCCCGGUGAUUGGACAGAAUAAACCAAUCAGUCGUUCUUAUUCGGGAGAUAGUUUUUCAUCAUAUUCCGAUGAAUUUGAUUCGUCCAGAUCCAGUGAUCCUAAACUUGAGCUUCCGCCAAGGUUAUCAUCCACACGUAACAGAGGUUGUGUUGAAGUUAAAAACACGUCAGUGUCUCGCAGCUCAUGGCGUGAUCGUUGCAAUGAAACAAGAUCUUUGAUUGACGCAUCUGAGUAUGCUGGGAAGUUGAGUGUUUGGGAAGAAUGGAUGGUGAAGAAAUUGCAUGAAGAACAAGAGAAGAAGAAUGAGAUGAGAGAAAAGCAACGAGAGAAGAGAGAGAAAGAAAAAGAGGAACAAAUGAAAAAAGAAGAAAGGAUUCGACUGGCUCAACAGAAACAUAAGGAAUGGGUGGAAGAGAGACUUUAUAAACUGAAGCUUCAGAAAUCAAAAGAAAAACGUGAAAUACAAAUUCAAAAUGAAAUCGAAACAGAGAAACAACAAAGAAUCACUGAGAAAGCGAAAGUAGAAUACGAAGCUUGGAUGAAGAAACAUAAAGAGAUGAAUAAACUUAAACGGAUUAAAGAGAAAAAAGAGACAGAAAAACAAAUGAGAGAGAAAGAAGAGAAAAAGAGAGAGAGCGAAGAGGCCUAUCAGAGAUGGCUCGAAAAAACAAAAGAAAAAUUUCCUGAAACCAAGUUGGCAACAUCCCCUAUCCCCGCCUACAUUAACCCUCAGCCAUGGGUGGGUCCCAAUCAAGAUGGUACCCGUCGUCGACCAAAAAGUCCCCCAGCACCCAUAAGGACCAUACAAAGAGGGAAAUCCCCACAGCUACCCCAUUCCCGUUCACACUCAGUGUCCGCUCAUGUAAAACGGGUCCCGAAACCAAUUGAGACCCAUACUCCAAUGCGAAUUGGGUCUGCACAUAAUGUAGGCUUGGUGAGAACAUACACACCUCUUCGUUUUGCUGGAAUAAGGACAUCUACACCAACAAAGGCAAGAUCAAAGCGGAACAUUCAAGAUGGCGGUUCCAGGUGUGGCUUGGGAAGAUAGGCUCAAGACAUAAUGCAGUUUUUACUAAAAUGUGCAAGUUUUCUAGUUUAGAUCCUGUAUAUAGAAGAGAUAUGAUGUUUAGAUAUUUAAAUUAAUAAUUUAUCAGCUUUAAAAGCUCAACCUGUUGAAAUAAAAGAACAAUAAAAUUU